AGAUACUCAAUGGUGAAGCAGUCACGUCAGGACAUUGCUCAGCUCCUUAGCAAUGGCCUACAUGAGACUGCCUUUUCCCGGGCUGAAGAGCUCUUCAGGGACCAGAAUUUGUUAGCUGCAUAUGAUUUGUUAGACCACUUCUGUGAAUCCAUCAUCAUUCACCUUCCUUACAUUCGUCGACAAAGGCAUUGUCCUAAUGACAUCAAAGAAGCUGUUUCAACUUUAAUCUUUGCUGCUGCUUGGUGUGGAGAUCUACCUGAGCUACAAAAGUUUCAGAGGUUAUUUAGGGAGCGAUAUGGGCAGAAAUUUACAAAUGCAGCUAUUGAGCUACAUCCUGGACACCAUGUGAAUACCCAGCUGAGGGAGAGACUUUGUCUAAAGUCCAUUCCGGAUAAUGUGAAGCAAAGUUUGGUUGAUGAAUUGGUUAAAGAUUAUGAGAUCCAGGAUAAGCAGGUUCUGGCUGCUUCUUCUUGUGAUGAGGAGAAACCCGAAAAUUUGUCAGGUUAUGCUGAUCAAGUUGAGAAUUCUGUUGUUAAAUAUGUGUAUGAACCUAAAAUGAUUGAGAUCACAUUAUCUGGUCAGAGUAACUCAGAAAGUUGUGGCUCCAAUCACAUUUCAAGGGUCUCUUUGGAAGAGAAAAUGGAAAUGGAAACAACAAUUACCCCCUCUAAUGAGUUUUUGUACCUUGAGGAGGUGGAGGAAAUUCACUUUGAUGUCCUAGAGGAACAUUAUGCUGGGGAGAUAACAAUGUUUUUAUUCAACUCAACCACUCUCCAAGAGCGAAACAGACAUGGAUUUCCGCAAGGAUCUUGUUCAAGGAGCAUGACAGUGACUCCGGUAAGGUUGAAAGAAAUAAUAACAAGCAGCAAGUCCUCAUCUCCUAGGCAUGUCCAUCCAAAGCUCCCUGACUAUGAUGAACUUGUAGCUAAAUUCAAGGCUCUAAAGAAAGAACAUCAGCAAAUGGCAGCUGCAGCAUUGAACAAGACAUAAGUCACAAAACUGAUGCAUAAUUGAUUGGCUCUCCCCUUAUUCUCACAACAAAAUUCCCAUUUCUGGCAUGACUUUACCUGUGGGGAAUCCUUGUGAUUUUCAUGAGUAAUAUAAAACUUAAUGGUUCGAGCGUUAUAGAUGUAUCCUGAAGUAUGAGUCAGGAUCCAUACUGGCCUGACCUAUUCCUUGUGUUGCUUCUGUCAUUCCCCAAAUGGAAGCAUCAUUGUGCACUCACUUUUCCAUACUUUAAUGCUCAAAUUAUUCAUUUCUGGUAGUCUUAAGAAAUCCAAUUUUUUUCC